GGGUUAUCUUCCUUCCGUCUCCCUCGUCCAGCACUGCGGCAUGUCGCUCCCUCUGCUUGUCGCCCAUUCCCCUCCCGCACUCCUCCCUCCCCUCCGCCUCGCACAUGUCCCAUCCAUCUAAACGCGCCUCGGUCUCCUCCCAACGAAUCGUCCAGCCAUUGAUCCUCUCCUCCUCCGGCUCGAGACUCUCCUCCUCCAGCACCUCCUCCAGCAGCCACAAGAGAGACUCCCUGCGCUCCAAGAGAGAUUCCAUCGUCGGUAUUGGAUACAAAAUCUCCCCUUCCUCCCGCCCGUCGUCCGCUCUGGAGGCCAUGGCCCCGGUUUAUCGAUUGUAUCCGCACCAAGCCUCCAACGGACGAAAAGAGCGCAGUUCAGAGGGUGGAUCAGAAGGGGUCGAUGCAAUGGAGCGCUACCCUUCCCCCAGUGCCGAAUCAGCAUCGCGAAUCUCCCGCUCGGCAACGCCCUCACACGAACCAGCAACCAAUACCAUCCCCGAGGAGGAGGCGAACGGAGACCUUCCCUCGUCGCUUCCCUCGCGUGUGGUCAGCCCGGACAACGAAUUAUCCCCCGUCUCGCCCAUUGCCUCCGAAGUCGAUGAUAGAAGAGCCGUUUCGCCCGUCAUGUCGCGGAGUAAUACACAAGACGCAGGGCCACUGCGAUCGAGGUUUCAACAGCCAUCCACAACUGCGCAGCGAGCAGCAAAACCUGCGCGCAAGCCGUCUCGCUCCGGCGGCGUGUCGGAAGCGGGCAGCGAGGUGAUUUACGCCAAAGGGGAACGCAGCAGCGACGAAUCCGACUUCUCCCAAGAGACCGCUGCGACGUCAUACGUGGCCCUCCCGGCUCUGCAGAGCAGCGGCCCCGACAACUCGGAUGCGCAACAACUCGAGCCGGUCGCCGAGGACGAUCCGCGAUCAUGGGAUCUCGUUGAGCCCUACGACGAAUAUAGCGGACCCACGGGUAUGUACGCGCUGGAGAAACGGUCGGAACAGAUGUUUGGCGCGGAGCACUUGCGCACAAUCUUCAACGAUCCCAAAUUGCUGCUGAAAUUUACAAACUAUCUCAACACGCAUCGCCCCAAGAGCAUUGCUAUCCUGAUCUACUACCUCGAUGCGCUGAAGGCUUUGCGCGCCAUCAGCUACGCCAACGCCAUCGCCGAAGCUCUCGAGCCUAUUCAUGGCCACGAUUUUACCCAACAAGUUGCGGAGCCGACAGGGAAUGCAGCGCUGGCGGAGAAGGCGGAUCAAGCGUUCGAGAUCCUAGCGCGCGACGAUCUCCCAGCGUUCAUCACGCACACGUGGGUGCAGGUGGUCAGUGUGAGCAUCCUAAGACGCGUGACGGGCACACUGGCGCCACAUCUCCGCGAGGCCAGCGAGGGCCUGGCCGAGGUCUUUUGCCUGACCGAUCCCAGUCGGACGGACAAUCCGAUUGUAUUUGCAUCGGAGGAAUUCGUGCGCACGACGCAAUACGGGAUGAAUUACAUCAUCGGGCGGAACUGCCGCUUCCUGCAAGGACCCAAAACCAACCCCGAAUCCGUUCGAAGACUGCGAGAGUCCGUUAAGAGUGGGAAAGAGCACACGGAAGUCUUUGUCAACUACCGCCGCGACGGAACGCCCUUUAUGAAUUUGCUGAUGACCGCGCCUUUGAUGGACAGCCGAGGGAAUGUGCGGUACCACAUUGGCGCGCAAGUCGACGUUUCCAACUUGGUGAAGGAGUGCAGCAACCUCGAUGGCCUGAUGCAUCUUGUUGAGCGGGAACAAGACCCCGAAGGCGCGGCGGAAGAGGACGAGGCAACACGCAAAGACGAGUUCCAGGACUUGACGGAGAUGUUCAACGGAGCAGAACUGGACACGGUGCGGAGGUAUGGAGGGCGGAUGCACAAGGAGUACGUGGACGACAGCGAUCGAGAGAGCAUCAGUGGCGGGAAACGCAGAGUUCUGCUCAAGGAUAGCACGCAAGAGGUGCGGGAGAAACACGGUGCCUCUGCAGUCCAGGUCAACAUUCCUGAGAAUGUGAGGGAUAAGAGCAACGGGAGAUUAGAGGGCGUGUAUCAACAUUACCUGCUCAUCCGCCCUGCGCCAUCCCUUCGCAUCCUGUUUACGUCGCCUUCGCUCCGUGUGCCUGGCAUCUUGCAAUCACCCUUCCUCAACCGCAUCGGAGGCAGCAGUCGCGUUCGUUCCGACUUGCGUGCCGCCCUGGGUGAAGGACGUGGGGUGACGGCCAAGAUCCGCUGGCUUACGCGCGCCGACGCGGACGGCGAGGGCGAAGGGCGGCCGCGCUGGAUUCACUGCACGCCGCUCUUCGGCCAUAGUGGGGCCGUGGGAGUCUGGAUGAUUGUGCUGGUGGACGAAGAAGGCUCGCUGCAGACGGGCCGAAGAUUCAGGAACGCGCCGCCCGUGUCCGCCGUGAUUGCAGGCAAAGAGUGGGAUGGACGGACGGACGAGAAGCACCGGUUGAACACCUACGACCCGGACACCGAACGGAAGGGCCAGAGCGUGCGGCACAAGACGAAUCGGCCGGGCAGUGCGUUGAGCGGACGCAGUGCGCGGCAGAACAAUGUGGCGAGCGGGGACGUUUCGGAGUUCUCGUUCCAACUGAAGUGAGGGGGCAUGGAUGGAACGCGAUUACUGGUUUUUGGCGCGACGAUACCUCUAUAUGUUUGAGAAAGUUUGGCGUCGUGGGAUUUGUCUUCCAAAUCGUCUGUGAAGACUAGAGGUAGGCUGAGACAAGGCCUGGUGGUGGCCAUGGCAAGGCUUCUCCUCGUUGCUGACGGUGGUGUCUAUGAUCGGCAGAGGAUGGGAUAAGAUGACGGCGGAUGAGGAGGAUUGUGGGGAGGUGUACGUAGUGAGGAGGGUGAGAUGGGUGGAUGAGGCAUAGUCUCAUCGCGUAGUCUUGUUUACUUUCCACACGCAUCGAAUGGCCAGCAGCCAAGAUUGUUUAAUC